CUUGUUUGUCGGCAAAUACUGAGCGCGCUCUCCUAGGUAUUGCGGCUUCUGUCCAGCCUCAUUCAAUCUCGAUAGUAUUACGCUCUUGGGCCAUUCAGAUCUGGGUUUGGGGCUUAAGAUAAGGGAUAUUUCGGAGCAGCCUGCGAGGCUUGUCAGGGGGGAUCGCCGGCAUUUCCUCCAGAUCCUCUGCAGACGAUUGCUAGGAUCGCUAGGAUCAAAGGAUGGGAUCGACGGACGCUGUCUCUCCACCUGCUUUUUCUUUUCUUGAACCUGUCGUAGUCGACGACGAGAUGGGUAACCCUUAUCACGAUACAGAUAUGGAUUUCUUAGACUCUGCACGGUUGCAGGUCUCGUCAGAAGGCGCGGGCAGGGAUUUCGACGACCUCUUUUCUCACGCCCCUUCCGCCCGACAGAGCCGUGACUCGGAGCCAGCAUGCUUAUCACCAUCUGACCUAUCGUUGAAACACCCCUAUCAAGAGACGGAUGCGAUGCGACAAUUCACUGUGGUCUCCGCCGAAUCCCCCGCCGAGUCGCCAGACGGUUCAACGCCAAGUUCGUCUUCUGAGUCACCCCGGAAUCAUCUUCGAAACCCGUCCGUGGCGUCCUCCACAUCAGCAGUACAUAGUGAGAGCACGAUGAUGCCCUUCGGCUACACAACGGAGGAUUGGAUGAAUUCUGAUCUCGGGUCGGUGAAGGAGGAGCCACUAUUUGGUCUGGAUCUUUCUCUACCGAAUCUAGAUGGUCCUUUUCCCGCAGACGCCGAUCUUGAAUCGAGUAAUAAGGUUAUGGAUGCAGCAUUUGAUUUUGAGAGUGCUGCUAGUAGUCCUAGUCCGCUGAAAUCGGAGACCACGCCGCAGUCCAAAUCCAAAAGGAAAUCCAAAGCCCAAUUGCGGAGUACGUCGGGCGCUUCAGCCAGGCAAUCUGCCUCUCCGAUCCCCGGUACGGCCUUCUUCCCUCGAAGCACCAAGGAAGCAUCUCCCUUCUCGGUAUCACGGAGUAUAAGUCAAGGGAAGUCUACAUUGGGUCCUUGGGGUGGUCAUUCACCUUCGUCGCUUCUGGAGGAAAGCUUUGGUGGCAUCAAUAUGAAUGGUUCUCCCAUGAACUCGAAUCUGAAUUUCGGGCCGAGCAGCUUUCCUUUUGGCAUCAACUUCGCUCCAUCGCCUUCCCCAAGCUUCAUGAAACCGGAAACACCACAGCGUCAUAUCCUGACAGUUCACCCCACGUCACUCAAGUCGCGCGUGGAGACUCAGAUCCCGAUCCGACUGACGCUUUUCCCCUUGCCGCCCGGCGUGAAAAAAGUUCGUCUGCCUAGUCACACGAUUUCGAAGCCUAAAUUCCUGGCGCCGCCGACCAUCGAACGUUCCCCAGAAAUCGUGGAGCUUCACACAAGCCUUGUUUGUACCAGUGCUAUGCAAGAGCAGGACAAGCUCAAGAAAGCUUUCGCUAGAGCAAGAGGCGAAUGUCGUUAUCAGUCCUCUAGCUCGAGCCCACGCGCUGCCGAUGACGUCCAGGAAGACGACAAGCCACUGGACGGAGGAGAGGUCAAAAUCUGCCCAGGGUGUAUACAGCGCGAAAGGAAGCGGGCCUUCCGAAAGAAGCAGAGGAAGCCAGAGGAAGAUGAACUUUUCCAGAAGGACGAAGGGAAGAGAGUCAUCGUUUUCAACACAAACGAGAUCAAGGAUUGGACGGAACCAUCGAAGAACGCCAUACCUGGUUAUGGUGAUAGUCAAGUUCUGAACAUUCCGGCUGGGGCUAUGCAGGUAGAAUUGCCGAUGCGAAUAGCAUGUUAUUGCAGGCAUCAAAACGAGAAGCUUGGGUUCCAGGUUAUUUUCACGAUCAAAGAUCAUAAAGAUAAUGUUAUCGCUCAGGCGAUCACGAAUUCGAUUAUGAUCACUGACGACCAUAAAACGCACGCUCCCCCGGCCCCGCCAGCCCCUGGCCCCUCGCCCUCUCUGCCGGAUGGAACCCAAUUGCCAGGCGUUGGUGUCUUCCCAUCUAGUCCCAGUGUGGAGACAGGGAAAGCGUCAACCUUCGCGCAACAGUCGAACCAAACAGCUUCGGCGACUGAUUUGCAGGGACUUCAGCAACGAUUCAACUCACAGUAUCAAGUGCCUUCUGGGUCGUUCGCAAUGACUCAAGCGUCAGCCAACAGCACAACGUCCAAUUCGCAGACACCACGCAGUCUAUCUCGGCAGACCUCGCCCAACGACUUCCAGGGGCCAAUGAGCAAGAGACGCAAGCAUAGUAACUCAGGAAGACUUCCUUCGGAGCUUACCAUGACCAAGUUGGAGAAUACCCAAUCAUCAGCCAACAGUUCCAGUUCGGCAGCACCCAGCAAUGAGCCACAAUUUUCAGGGGCCCACGGUUUCGCGUCACCAUUGGAAAGGCCCUUCGUGACUUCAUCUGCUAUGUCUAACCAGUUUCCCAACAGCCCUCCGACUCCAAGCAGCGGGGACAACAACCCGUUCCUCAAUGCAACAAUACAGCAACAAAGCCUGGACAGUUUCAUACAGCAGCAGUUGAUGUCUGCACCGAACUCUGCCCAUCCCAGUCGUCCGGGCACACCCGGCGGCUCUAGGAACAAUUUCCAUGACCAAUCUUUCAACCUGUCUCUCGGCCCGAACACGUCUGCUCCAAUGUGGCCGCCGCUCACCAACGCCGGAAACCGGUUGCCCUCGGUCAUUCAUAAAGUUGUUCCCGCCGAGGGUUCUAUCACCGGAGGCACUGAAGUCACCUUGCUUGGUAGCGGCUUCUACCCUGGCAUGGAAGUGGUAUUUGGUGACACCCUUGCCACUACGACCACCUUCUGGGGCGACAAGUGUCUAAACUGCUUGACACCUCCCGCAUUGCAGCCUGGAGUGGUGCCGGUUGUGUUCAAGCACGAACACCCCACGUUUGGCCAGGUCCAGACACCGCAACCUUUGAUGCCGAAGCAGCAGCAGUUUUUCCGCUAUAUAGACGACCGUGAGCUGCAGAUGUACCGAUUAGCUCUUGGGAUUCUGGGACAGAAGCUGGGCAGUCAAGCAGAUGCGUUCCAAACAGCUCAGCAGAUCAUGGGUAGCGACAUGAAGAGUGUCUUCAAUAUCCCGAAAGAGUUCCAGGGGAGCUCAAGUGGACACCAGCGACAAGUACCUGGGUAUGAGUCGCAGGGUAAAUUGAGCGACCUUGACUCCAAGAUGUUGACUUACCUUGAAUUUGUCGAUCUUGAUGAUAGCCCUCGUCCACCUCGAUACAAUUCUCGCUCAGCUACGGGUCAGACGCUGCUCCAUUUUGCAUCAUCCUUAGGACUCACGCGAUUUGUUGCUGGACUCCUUGCACGAGGUGCCAGUCCCGAUGUGCAAGACAACUCGGGAAAUACGCCCAUGCACCUAGCCGCUUUGAAUGGUCACGCACAUAUUGUUCAGAGACUGCGCCUUGCCGGAGCUGAGACUACCGCUCGCAGCAUACGGGGAUUCACACCAGCAGAUUUGGCGACUACACUACCCGCGCACCAAGCUGCUCUUAUUCCCGCCCACCAUCGCUCACGCAGCGUUGGCUCAUUGUCAUCGUCGCGCCGCCGACACAGUUCUGCCUCCCUGCACUCCCUCUGGGAAUCAUCGUCCGCAUCGGGUUCUUUUGGCCAUGCUGUUGAGGACUCUGAUGAUGAGGUUUUCGACGAAGAUGAGAUCAAUCAUACGAUAUCGCGACGAUCCAGUGUCCAUCAUGACCGAUCAGGGUCGGUUUCAGCUCCUGAACAACCACCUCAAGGAGCGGACGCGCGACCAUUCUCUCCCCCAGCUGCUCUAGUCGCUUGGCGCAACCAAUUGCAAACACAAAUCAACCAGUUCCAGCAAAGUGUAGCCAACGCCUUUCCUAACCUCCCUGCUUUGCCGCCGAUGCCCGCCUUGCCCGAUUAUCAGGCCCAUCCCAUGAUGCGUCGUAUCACCAAUCUCGUCCCGCACCGGCCCAGUACAUCCCGCUCGUCUAAGGAUGGCUGGUGGGAUAUGCUUACCGGCAAUACGGCUACCGACCACUCGGCUCCGCCAACAGCCGAGCUACCUUCCUAUGAAGAGCUAUACCCGCACAAGGAGAACCAUACCAAAGAGGACCAAGCGGCGCAACUCAAGAAGGCUAGCAUGUUACAAGCGGCUGCAGAGGCUGCCCUUGAUCAGCACUUUGAGGCUCAGGCCAGCACCUCAGAAGCUGUUGUCGCCAAAGCGGACAGCGUAGAGCUCAAGGACAUCCGAAUUGGUCGCAAAGUGAUUUCGCGUGAGCAACAGAAACAUCUCCGCGAGCAGCAGGCACGGAGGAUGAAGGGUCUUGGGAAGGAUCGUAACCUAUACUUCAUCUGGGUAUGUGUCAAAACUGUUCAGCUUUUUGGUGGAUCUAGUGCUAAUCUGCUUCAGAUCCCUCUAUUACUCCUGGUGAUCGGAGCCUGGGUCCGAAGCUAUGUCCCCGGGAUCUGGGAGGGAAUCUACAGCGGUUAUGAAUUUGUCAAAGCCCGAUAUGCGCAGCGCGUUCUAGAAGUCGGUUCUUGAGCGAUCCUACCACACCAUUUGCCUACUAACCUUUAUUCGAAUUGUCUCUUUUCAUUCAUUCAUUCAGAGCUAGGGCGUUCUGUCCAUUGGACUGGUGCUUUUACGGGGCAUUUUGUCAUCCCUUGUUUGGUUUUUGUGUG